AUGUCAAAAUUGCGAAUUCUUGUAGGCAUGGUCGCGAAAUUUCUUCGUUUAGGAUGCAAACGCGUAAUCGACUUUGCCGUAAAAAUCCGGGUCAACCAAUCAAAAACAGGAGUAGAAACAGCCGGCAUCAAACACUCGAUGAACCCGUUUGACGAAAUUGCGGUGGAAGAAGCGGUAAAGCUCAAAGAAAAAUUAAAAGACCGAGUCUCGGAAGUAAUUGCUGUAUCGUUUGGCCCGCAAAAAGUUCAAGAGGUACUACGAACAGCGUUGGCCAUGGGUGCCGAUCGUGCGGUGCACGUUGACGUUAAAGAUGACAACGCUGCCACAAAUUUACAGCCGCUGGCGGUGGCGAAACUGUUUAAAGCUGUGGUAGAGAAGGAGCAAUCGAAUUUGGUGAUUUUAGGAAAACAGGCGAUUGACGAUGAUGCUAGUCAGACGGGACAGAUGUUGGCUGGGCUGUUGAAUUGGCCGCAAGCUACAUUUGCUUCGAAAGUUGAAAUUGAAGGUGAUAAUGUUAAAGUGACUCGAGAAGUUGAUGGCGGAAUGGAAACAAUAAGUACCAAAUUGCCUGUUGUUGUGACAGCUGAUUUACGACUAAACGAACCCCGCUUCGCAACCCUCCCAAACAUAAUGAAAGCAAAAAAGAAACCACUAAAAGUGUUAACACCGCAAGAACUCAAUAUUGACAUCAGUCCACGACUGGAAACGCUUUCGGUCACGGAACCCCCAGUGCGCGUUGGUGGUACGAAAGUUGCUUCGGUUGAUGAACUUAUUAAGAAACUUAAGGAAGUGGGCGUGUUGUAG